AUGGCAGAAUCAUCAGAGACUUCUGGACCUUCUGGGUUAAACGAAGUGAGGGCUACUCUUCUAAAAGUAGCCGAGCAAAUUUCUUCAAUAAACUCGUCGAAUUCAUCUUCACCGACAAUGAGCCCAUCUAAUUCUUCAUCAGGUAAGUGUAGCUUUAAAAAAUAGCUUUGUCAAAUCCAGACGAUAUAUAAUAAUAUGCAAAAAUAUUUAGUAUCAUUUUAUUAUUAUUAAAAAUAAAUUUGACUAUACUUACAUAAAUUGAAAUACAUUUACAGUAAAGCAAAUUAUAGUCUUAAAUCGAGAUUUUAAAUGCUUUUUACUAUAUUCUACUAGGAGCAACAUUGAGAACAAACAGCAGUUCUUCCCGUACUACCAUGCCUACUACAUCACAGCAGCAACACAAUAGCAGCGCCAUAUUGCAGGCCAUACAACCCAACAGCUCAACCAUGUCAUCUGCAAUUAGUGAGCAUAGACGGCUUUUUAAUUUCAAUAAAAGUCGUUGUUCAACUAAGGGCAAAGCAGCAUCAAAAAAGAAGGAAAAGCAACCCACAUGCAAGUUAAAGUUUGUUUGUCUUGCUGCAACAACAGCCACAGCUCCUCCUUCCAAUGUGAAAGACAAGACAGAUCUAUGUAAUGCAGGCUUGGGAGACUGCACAUUACUGUUAGACUUAAAUGAGAGCAGUGUUUAUUUGUAUGAGGAAAUUUUGAAAAAAUUCCCCCAGCUUGCUCACACAGGAGGAUAUGAACUCUCACUUUAUCAAAGAGGGGGUGGUGUCAAUGGGGGCUUUCAUGCAAUUAAACCUCCACUGACAACAAUACGUUUGAAGGAUAUCUGUGCUCUAGCCAAAAUUUAUAUACGACCACUUCAAACAGACAUUCCACUUCUUGACGAGGAAACCCAAGAAGAGAACAAUGAGGUGAGAUAUCUGAAACAGGGGUGGAUUUAUAGGGGGGAGGUGCACAGGGGUGCACCUGUUGGCCUUGGUCAACAUGGGUGCAAGGGAGGUGCAAAAUUUGGUUUUCCUUUUUUGAAGUCAAACCGAAGCUCAUAAUUCAAUGGCCAUGUUGCAGGAACUGACAUUUCUAGGGUUCUAAUUUUCAAUUUUUUUGGGGAGCAUACCCCUGAACCCCCUAGGGAGCUUGCACCUUCUGUGUGUGAGUCAUUAGAUAGCCAAUUCAUUUGAAUGCUUUCCCACCACCCCCUAAAGAAUUAUAAAGAAACUCAUGUUUGCUCACCCAGCACCCCCAUAGAAGAACCUUGCUGGAUCUACCCUUGUAUCUGAAUAACAAAUGUAAUGAUUGACUGAGUCUGUAUGAGGGCUCAAAUUAGAAAAAAAAUAUGGCCUGCCAGUCUAAAAAAAUUUUUGGCAGGUGAAAAAAAAAUUUAGCCUGCCAUUUUUAUUCACUCAACUGCCCAAAUGGUGAUGUUUCAUAUUGAGUCAUAUUCUAAAAACCAAUGUUUUAAUGAUAUGCAUUUUUAUCAUUUUUAAACUUGUCUAUUUUACUACAGUAAACUUGGAUUUACAUUUCAAAUAUAACAUAUUUUAAUAGUCAACUAAAUGAUCUCGUAUAUAUGCAUGAGUUAUAGUAUGCAAACAAAAUGAAAUAUAUCUGUAGAAUUUCACCUGCCAUUUUUUUUUUACUUGGCAGUUCAGAUUUGUUUUUGCCUGCCAUUUCUAAAAUAUGGCUUUGCUUUUGGCCAUAUAUUGGCAAUUAACCUGCUAUUUUGAGCCCAAGUAAAUCACCAACCCUUCUCCGAUCAAGUUCAGUGUAAUAAAAAAGUUUAGUUUUAUAUAUAUAUAUAUAUAUAUAUAUAUAUAUAUAUAUAUAUAUAUAUAUAUAUAUAUAUAUAUAUAUAUAUAUAUAUAUAUAUAUAUAUAUAUAUAUAUAUAUAUAUAUAUAUAUAUAUAUAUAUAUAUAAAUAUAUAUAUAUAUAUAUAUAUAUAUAUAUAUAUAUAUAAUAUAUAUAUAUAUAAAUGCCAAUAUAUAUAAUAUUAUAUGGCAAUAUAUAGUAUUAUACUGUAUGUAAUUUAAUUUAAUUUAAAAUGAACAUGCGUCCACAUGCCUGCAGGCACAGAUUUUCUGGGGGGGGGGAGAGAUGCACACCCCCCAGAAAUUAUUUGCACCCCCAGAAAUUAUUUGCACCCCCCAGAGGCAUUUGGCACUGCCUCCAAAAGUUUUUGCACCCCCGCAAAUUCUAUAUAUUUUGAUUUGAUAGUUUCAUAUUUGAUUAUUCUUACUACUAAAUUUGUAAAAUUACCAAUAUUAUGGUCUCAUAUCUUGCCAUGCAGGCCUAGAAAACAAAUUUUGUUAAACUUUUUCCUUGGCCUUUCCGGGUGUUGCCACCAGGCCCUGGCCAAAGCAAGCAGCAGCACCCCCCCCCCCUCCCCCCAGAUAUUUAUCCAUCCCCACCCUCGAAUGAAAAUAUGAAAAUCCGUCUCUGCAUGCCUGUGGAGAUAAACUAUAGGCUUAUUAAAGUUCAACCUCUUGGAAAGAAAAUUAGUGUUUUUAUUUUGUUAAUUAAUUAAUAGUUUUAUAAUUUGAACAGGUAGAUUUUGGUGAGCCAGUGGUAACAUGUUUCAUUUGUGGUAUGGUGAUUGGAAUGUGCAAAUUAAAAGAUCACCAGAAAAGCCAUACUAGUGAGUCACCUCCAAGACAAAAGGUACAAUAUGUCAUUGUGCAUGUGUGUUUUGGGAAUGUGUAUUUGGGUUUUCCAUUCUUAAUUAAUUACUUUACAUUCUGAAUUUUCUAGAGAAAGAGGCAUGAUCUUGUAAACCCCUUUCUCAGGUACAGGUAAUUUGUGUAUUUGACUAUUGGUACACCUGGAACCAAUAUUUUAUAUUGUGAGUGGAACUUAUAUUACUAAUCAUAAAACUAUCCCUGGAAUCCUUAUGGAAGGUGGCAUUCUGGGACAAGCAGACAAGUGAACCUGCAUGCAUUUACCUCAAUGCAUUUUAGUUGCCAUCCAUUUUUGUAUGCAUGGGGUAAUUAUAUACAUAUUGGUUUGCCAUGCUCAAGACAACCAUUUCAGUCAUAAUAAGCUUGUUACCAUCAUAUCAAGAUAAUCAAAAUGAAUAGAGGGAGAGUUGCUAAUUUCCACAAAUGAAUUACUUGUAGACUAUUAAUGUCUAUUAUAAUUAAUUUGUCUUAUAAUCCAUGUAGUAUUUUAACAAAUGGGUACAAUAAAAGUGUAUUGUAUUGAAUAUAUAUAUAGCAACUGUGAAGAAAUUAUGAAUAAGAUUUUUUACUUCACAGAAUGGUGCUGGCUGCUGCUUUUCCAAAAUUGGUAGCUGUUUAUACCAUAACAAAAUGUUAUUCUAACCAUAUUACGUUUUCCCAUUUUAUACAGUGAUUCUGAGACUGAAAAUGAUAGAGAGGGAGAUGGGAAUCUUAAAACUGACAACAGUGAGUCGGAUACUAAAAAUGAUGUGGAAAAAAUUCUAAAUGAUGUUUGUCCUGAUGCAAGUACGUCAGAAAUAAAAGUUGCUUUACAAGAAUGCAAUGAGGAUGUCAAUGCAGCUGCCCAACAACUUUUAGGUAUGACAGAUUAGAGUAUUUACUGUAUAAAUUAACGUGAAAUCGAAAUGUUCAGCUGCAUUAGUUUGUGUCAAGGUAAAGAAUUUUAAGAAUCUAGUCAUUGGUAUAGUAUGCAUGCAUGAUACUAUAUGCUAAUGAUGUUAAUGAACCACAGUGAUAUCACACUGUAAUCUUCCUGCAUCAUGAGGUGGAUAGGUUGCACUGCAAAUAUUUAAGGAUCCUGUGAGAACAUGAAAAAUUAUCUGACUCAAAAUGGAGUUGAAUAACCAUAUUAUAAGUUACUUACAUGUUGCUUUGUCUGACUAUGUCUUAGUUAGCCAAUCCACAUAUGAAAUUUAUAAGUGUCAAUUAAUGCAGUGCGUGAUUUGUUCAAAGAUUCUAACUAAAAAAUAAAGACAGAUAGCUGCCGUUCUGCAUGGCAAAUUUGCCCUUUUCAAUUUUCAUCAGUUCUGGAUAGAAUCAAUUUCCAGUGAACACUUGGAGGUUGAGAAUGCUAUGAGACACUUAAGUUGCAGUAAUCACGGACUACAGUAUUGUCAAGACAAUGAGCAUUCCAUCAGAAGUUUUAAAUGAUGACUAAAAUAGUAGUGAAAACGUAUGAUUAUAAAUUUGAUUUAAAUAUAUAAGUUUUUCUCAGUUUCCAUUAUCUUUUAAGUUACAGUUAGAUACUAUCCUUCAACUUCUGUAUAUAACACUUUAGGAAUUCCCUUAAUUGUUAUUGGUGAUGGAGAAAACAGACCAGAGUCUUCCGCAUCAUCAAAUAUAGAUACAUGUAAUCCAAUUUUCCUGUCGGAUUUAACCCCAGAAGCUGCUGUACUUGAAUUUCAAAAACAAAAAAUUGAUGAAGAUCUUCCUAAACAACGAUUUACUGUGUGCCGUGUUGAUGGUAAAAGCGAAUUAAGGAGAGACAUAAUUAGUAUUUACAAAAAACCUGAUUUGAAGCUAUGCGCAGUUCCAAGGGUAAGAUUUGAGGAAGAGGAUGGCGUUGGCAGCGGACCUGUGAGAGAAUUCUUGGUUCUUGCCAUGGAAGUUGUGGAUGAAGGGAUUCCCUCUGGCUCAGGACGAUCCAAACCUUUGAUAUUCUUUGAAGGACAACCUGAUCACCGAUUGCCUAUUCAUGAUCAAUCACUUCGAUUAACAGUAACUUUUAAGGCGUUGGGUCGUAUAAUUGGUCACAGUAUCCUGCACGGUGGUCCUGGAAUACAUGGUUUGUCACCUGCUGUUAUACACAUUUUAACAUCUGACAGUGAGACCUACCAACCUCCUCCAAUUGUCCCUGAAGACAUAGUAGAUAUUGAUUUACGCCAGAUGAUAGUACAUCAUGUGAGUAUAAUUAAUUGUAAAACAUUGUCAUUGUGGGAGCAAAAUACUUGUUGCCUCAUUUGAGUGCAAUAACUCUCGUCUGUACAUGUAAUCACUAGCUCAUUCUCCUUUUCCCCCUCUUGUCAUUUCAGUUGAAUGUAACAUCAACCAAAGAAUCCCAAACCCUUGUCACAGCUUCGGAGAAAGAAUUAUUGCAAUAUCUUUUGGAAGCUGGCAUCGAUCCAGAUACGUUUCCGACUAACCGUGAAUUGGUAAUCCAAGAACUAAUGAUGUUUCAUGUUAUUGACAAAAGAAGACUUCAAUUAAAUGAUAUUGCAAAAGGUAUGUACUGUAUAACGAUCAUACAUAACAUGUGAAACUUUAAUUUACCCUUGUUAGUAUUUUUUAUAACAGUCAUUUUGAUAUGUGAUGUAUUUUUUCUGUGUUGGUGUUAUGUACAGUACUCAGGUGAAUAUGAUGCUUGGGAACUUACUCUGAGUGUAUAUCCACACUGGGCAAGCUUUAAAAAUAUGCCUUGCCACGGUGGGAAUCGAACCUACAACGUUUGGAAUACUAGCCCAAUGCUCUGCCGAGCUACUGUACGCGGCGUCAGGAACUAGACUCGGUUCCCACCGAAAUAUCACAUACUCAAACCGACCUGACUGCAUAGCUCAGUUGGCAGAGCAUUGGGUUAGUAUUCCAAAGAUCGUAGGUUCGAUUCCCACCGUGGCCAGGCAUAUUUUUCAAACAUUGCCUGGUGUGGGUAUACACUCAGAGUAGUAUCACAAGCAUCAUGUGAUGUAUAUUUCAGAAUUAACCACCACUGGCGAAAUUAGAUGUUAAUACCAAAGUUCACUAGAAUGACAAUAUUAUCCGUGUGAUAUUUUUUGCAUUUCUUGUCAGUAACUUGGUGAAUCAUAUUGUACAAAUUAUUUCAAUUACUACAGGAAUGGAUGAAGUUUCCCUGACCACAUUUGUCAUAAAAUGCUCUUCCUUAUCCAAGUUGGUGUUUCCUGAAGAAAAUGAAAGGAUAAUUAAAGCUAGAGAAGUGAUCAACUGUUUGCUUUUUCAAGAAAGAGAAGAAA